ACCGAUCACUCCCAGCGACAUUACUACUCACUGCACCUUCGUCGGAGAUAUUCAUUAGCGAGAGACUGAGAGAGAGAGAUGGCUGAAACAGCGAGAAGACAAGGCGGUGGGCGGCCAUUGCCGCCUCUUCCGAGAGGCGUCAAUCAACCUCCUCGCGUUAAAUCCGAACCUGUCGAUCGUGAGAAGACAUGUCCUCUGCUUCUUCGCGUUUUUACGAAGAGUGGUGGUCAUCAUACUAAGGAAGAUUAUGCUGUGAGAGGCAAAGAACCAAAGGAUGAAGUUCAAAUUUACACUUGGAAAGAUGCUAAUCUUCGCGAGUUAACUGAUUUGGUCAAAGAAGUCUCUGUAGCAGCUAGGAGAAGAGACGCAAGGUUGUCUUUUGCGUUUGUUUAUCCAGACAAGAAUGGCCGUUUCAUUGUGAGACAGGUUGGUCAGACGAUGUCUUAUCCAAACCGAAAACAACCAGACGACAGUAAAACACUCGCUGACCUUCAUUUCGAGAUUGGAGAUUAUCUGGAUGUAGCAAUCUACUAGGAGGAGGUUUCUGUUUCUCGUCAAAUGAGAUUUUAGGUGUAUGUGUGGACAAAGGAAAAAACACAUUCAUGGUUUUUCCCGUUUCAAAACUUAGUUCAGACGACAUUUUAUGUCUAAUAUAUGUGGUGUAAUGAGUUUAAACGAGAUUUAAACAAUUCAAAUGAUGUUUUGUUUGAAUGGGUAACCAAAUGUUGGAUU